AGAAACCCGGCGCACAUCAAUUGUAAACAUGAACCUCUCUUAGCUUAGCUAGUUAGCGACAUAGAUGCAGUUUGAACUGUUCUACGUCUCUGAAUGGUUUUUACAUAUUUAGAAUUUUUAUUAUAUUAAAGCUUUUUGUCAAAGCAAGUGAGUUCUUUCCUGCAUAAGAGAACUAAAGGACAAAGACAGUCUAACUCGCUAAUCGGCAAGAUAACAACGCUUUAAUAGAACUGGCGUUGUGUACAAUUUGAUUUUAUUAAGCCACUAUUUUAGAUGCCGUGUCUGUCCUACAGCGAAGAUUUGCUUUCUAUAUAAAAAAAAAACCCCGGAAAGAACACUAACUGAAACGCUUCUAUGGAUUUUAGUUAAUAGUUAUCGUCUUCUUUAACUCAACAGCAGUAGUCUAAUGGUCUUUGCAAGCCGGUCUCCCCAUUUUCCUAAUACGUAACCAUGGCAACUCUUACAAGACAGGACCUGAACUUCGGUCAAGUGGUGGCUGAUAUCCUGUGCGAGUUUCUAGAAGUGGCCAUCCAUCUCAUCCUGUAUGUGAGAGAAGUUUAUCCAUCCGGUAUUUUCCAAAAGAGGAAGAAAUACAAUGUUCCUGUUCAGAUGUCAUGUCACCCUGAGCUGAAUCAGUACAUCCAGGACACACUCCAGUGUGUUAAACCGCUUAUUGAGAAGAAUGAGGCAGAGAAAGUGGUGGUGGUAAUUAUGGAUAAAGAGCACCACCCAGUGGAGAGAUUCGUGUUUGAGAUUUCCCAGCCUCCUUUGCUGUCUAUAAGCUCUGACACACUGCUGUCUCAUGUGGAGCAGCUGCUGAGAGCUGUGAUCCUGAAAAUCAGUGUGUGUGACGCUGUUUUAGAUAACAACCCUCCAGGAUGCACAUUUACUGUUCUGGUUUACACCAGAGAAUCUGCCACAAGAAACAUGGAGAAAGUUCAGGUGAUCAAGGACUUUCCCUGGAUUGUAGCAGAUGAGCAGGAAGUCCUCAUGCAGGAGCCCAGACUUAUUCCUCUGAAAACGAUGACCUCAGACAUAGUGAAGAUGCAGCUUUAUGUGGAGGAACGUGCACACAAGGGACAGCAAAAUGUACCAUGAAAAAGAAAUGCAUCUACGAAGGUUUUCUUUUUUAUUCUGAACCUCAUUUCAACAGUAUUUUGAUCAGGACCUCAGUUUACUGAUCACAUUUAAACAUUGGUUUCGGUUGUACUUAAACACACGCUUGGGGUUUUUUUUUUUUUUUUUGGUUGGUUGGUUGGUUGUUUUUUUAUUUCCUGUGCAGGUGUAACCCCCCCCAUUUCCUCUAAAAGUUGGGUAUGUGUAUAUCGUAAAUACUUUCCUUGUGACCAGCUUGAUAUCCAAUGACGACAUUGUUUGAUGAAUGCAUGGAUUAGCAGUAAUCAUCUGUUUCUUCAUGUCAGGAAGGCUUUCCGUCUCUAUUUGAGGGAAAAAAGUGAGUGACUGAGGAAACUGAGCUGUUACAUUUGCACUUUGUGAUGGAAGGUAAAACGUGUGUUCGCGCAUGUGUGCGUUUUGUUUUGCUCGAAUGUUCCUUUGAAAUGAAAAAUGCUCACAUUGUCAAUAUAUUAAAAAUAUUUUAUACCUCCA